ACAUCCAUAUAAACCUCAGCUAUAAGGGUGAUUAGGACAGGUCCUGUCCAAAGUAGUCGCGUAAAAAUCAGCUUGCAAACGGGACGCUAAUAGGCUCUGCUAAGUACAAGCGCUGUCGCUGAAGCUGUAGUGGAUGUCCUGAUGGAAGGGAUGGGACAGUCGCCUGUGGUGAUCCUGCAGCCCCUGAUGAGUGGCAGCUAGUGACAGUGCAAAAGCAAUGUUGUGCUGCCAUAUACAAUGAAGAAGAUAUUCAGCUUCACUAAGAAAAAGAAAAACCCGUCCAGCAGCACCCCUGACAACGGGAGCGUGCUUUCUGUUGGCUAUGAAUUGAAGGACAAGGACCUGGGGAAGGUUCACAAGGCUGCCUCAGUGGGUGAUCUGGCAAAGCUGAAGCAACUAGCUAAGAAAAAUGAUAUCAAUCAACUGGACAAGGAGAACAGGACUGCACUCCAUAUUGCCUGUGCUAAUGGCCAUGUUGAGGUGGUGCAGUUCCUCGUUGAGAGCAAAGCCAAGCUUAACCUAUGCGACAAUCAAAAUAGAUCCGCCUUAAUGAAGGCGGUGCAGGGCCAGCAUGAGCACUGUGUGAGCGUACUGCUUGAAAACCAUGCCGAGCCUAACCUGGUGGACAUCAAUGGCAAUACAGCCCUGCAUUUAGCAGCAAACAUCCCAUCCAUCUCUACUGCUGUGCUCCUGCUGCAGCAUGGGGCUGAAAUUAACGCCCAAAACAAGGAGGGUUUCACACCCUUAACUGUAGCAGUCCGUGAGGAUCAUAUUGAGAUGGCCGAGUUUCUCCUCAAGGAGACUGCUGACCUGAAUUUUUUGGAUCAAGACCAAAGGUCCCCAUUAAUGAUAGCUGCUGGCAAUGGACAAAUCAAUAUGGUGCGACUACUCUUGCAGUUUGAUGCAGAUAUCACGCUAAAGGACUCUAAAGGAUGGUCAGCUGAUGACUAUGCAGUGAUGAAUGGACAUCAUCCUUGUUCCCUUUUGAUCAUUCAACAUGGUACCCAGAGGAAUGAUGGGGCCUCUCUGUCACAUCACGGUCCAAGCAGCAAGAAGAAGAAAAUAUUUGGCAGUCCUUCCCAGGACAUUGAAGCAGGCUUCUCGCUGGGAGGGCCAGCCACAGACAAAGAUGAGCAUGGAGGAAAUGAAGCAGGGGGAGAUGAAGAUAUUUCUCAGUCAGAGUCACUAAGUCGUGUUUCAAAAAGUGCUGCAGAUGAAUGGCCUUCAUCAGAAGAUGAUGAAUCGAUUAUACCUGAUAAGAAACUACUAAAAGUAAACCUAAGCAAAAUGAUUGUGUCUAAAAAGGCAGAAGCUGAGCGUGUCACUGAGCAGGAGAAAAGCAAACGCUCAGAGCAACCUUCAAGUAGUAAAACAAGGUCAGACUCUCGAGAAGGAAACUCAACAGCAGAGGACUCAGAGGAGGAAGAUGGAGAUGGAGAAGAAGAAGAAGAAGAAGAUGAUGAAGACGAAGAAGAAGAAGAAGAGGAGGAGGAGGAGGAAGAAGAAGAUGAUGAUGAUGACGAUGACGAAGACGAUGAGGAAGAGGAUGAGGAUGAAAGUGAAGAAGAGGAAGGAGAUGAAAACGAAGAGGAAGGGGAUGAAAAUGAAGAAAAGGAUCAAUCUCUGGAAGAAGAUAAUGACAAUUGUAUGGCUACAGUCAAGGCCGACACUGCUGAGUUUGAAGAUGUACAAAAACCUAAUGGUGCCCUUAAGAUUGUUGACAGCACUGAUACUCAAAGCAUACAUGGAGAUGCCUCAGAAAACUAUGCCAAAACAGAGACUCAAAAAACUGAUCUCACUUCCCCCGCUGGAACAGCAAAUUAUGCAAUGGCAGCAACCUUAAACGUAGAAGGGGAUUGUGUUGUGUCAGCCAUUAGAGUUGAAUCAAAAUUUUCAGAUGAAGAUGACAGCCUUGGGAAGGAGAGUUUAAACCAAGGUUCAGUGGGAUUCCCCACACCUUCCAAACAUCGUCCGGACACUCAUUCACCUAGCAAGAUUAACGAGGAAGAGUUUGAGAAAGAAGAGGAUGAUGAUGAUCCCUGGAUCGAUAGACCAGGCAGUGGUGAUACAGUGUGGAAUGACAGUGAUGAAGAUGAGAACAGUCAAAAAGGGACUUUUAUUCCCAGCAGUUUGCUAGCUAAUCAAGGCAAUGUGUUCCCCAAGGUUAGUAUUGGACAUACUGAUAGUCUGUCUGACAAUAAAGGUGCUGGAUAUGACAAAAAAGAAGAGAAACGCAGGACCUCAUGGGGCUCUUCAUUAGAGGACAGUGACAUUGAUAUACCCAAAGAUAAUGAGGAAAACAGUGAGACUGCUGAUCACAGAAGCAAUGUUCAAGCAGUAGAUCUGCUGCCAGAAACAACAUCACUGCAUUCAAAAACCACAUUGCCGACACCAAAUGAAGACCCCCAGGAUACCACAUGGGAUUCUUCAUCACCGGUGAUACCAUCUCCAAGCAGUGUCUCACCUAAGCAAGUUAAAGAAGAGCAUAAAUCACUUUUAGAACUAUGUUCAACAAGCUCUCCUCUGUCCAAAAACAUAGCUGGUAGAGAAACCGUAGAAGAUUCUGAUUGGGAUUCUUCUGAAAAUCAUGCCCAAAAUGAUGCAAGCACUAUUACAAAAUAUGAAGUGGUUUCAUCAGUCUCCAAAGCAAAUGUCACAACAGCAGAUCAGGCAGGAGAGCACUGUGAAUCCUCUGGGGAAGGAGAAGAUAAAGAAAGUAUUGAGAGGAAGUCAAAUGACCCUUCCGCUGCGGUGUCACCAGUACCUGAGGAUGAAAACGCAACCAGAAACCAAAUAUUAGACAGUGAAGAUGAUGAUGAAUCUGUUGAGUUGUUAAAUAAGAAAGAACAGUCAGACUCAGAGGAAGAAAAAGAUGAUAGUAGUUGGGAUGAUGAAGAUGAAAGUGAUGAGUCAGAGAAGCAGCAAGCUAUGAACAUGAAGGAUGAAAAAGUUUUGAACUUGGAUGAUAAGAAGGGAGUGGAAGAAGUUCAAAUAGAUAGCACUGAGAAAGAUGAAGACAAUGAAGUUGUUCCUCAAUCUUUUAGUAAUGAAAAAGAUGAGUCUGUAGAGAAUGUCAAGAUCGAGAAAGAAAAACCUGUGGGUAUGAAGAGUCACAGUCUUAACAAAGAUGAUGAAUCAAGUGAGGACUCGGACAGCAAAGAUGAAAAGCUGCAGUACGAUUUUACCAGCGCCAAAGUAAAGAUGACGGAUGUGGGAGAGGAUUCUGACGACUUGUGUCAAAGUGACAAAUCAGAUGACGAACACGAUGCUAGAUUAACUUCAUACGUCACACUUGAAAAUAAAAGUUUCAGUGUUACCCAAACACAACUGCUAUUAGAUGAAGAACCAAUAAGGGAAAAGAUGUUUUCAAGCCCACCCACCAAAGAUGAUGUCACCACUGCUCAACCCAAUGGUUCAGAUGGUUCUGAUGAAGUGUUACCUCAGACUGAUAUUGAUGAUGUUGACGUAGACUCACCUGAUGAGGCAGAGAGCCCAGACAUGAGAGGGCCAGAGCUCAGAGACACUGAACAGACUGUCAUUCAGAAAGAAGAUUCCACAGAAGAUGAGGAUGACCAUGACAAAGAGGAGGAGCAAGAUGAGGACGACGACGAAGGGGAUAUAUCAGAUGAGGAUGAUCAACCUGAAGAGAUAAGAGGAUCCCUUGAUGCCAUUUCAUCUGUCCCCGAGACAGAAGUCUCUAAAGAUAAGAAAAGAGAUUUCUUGUCUGAACUGGGCCUAGAGAAGGGUGAGGAAGAGCAGGAUUCAUUGGACUCUGAGUCCCACUCUGAAAAAUCCACGAUGUCCGCUGCAGAACAAAAAGAAGAUAUUAAAGAAAACUUGUUUUAUACUCCCUCUUUUUUAAGAGGAGAAGGAUGCAAUAGGAUGGCAGUGCUAGAGCCUCGGAGGAGUGUAGGCAGGCCAAGAGGCAGCAGGGGAGAGGUUGGAAACAACAGUAAAGAUGAUAAUGGAGAUGAAAAUUGUGAUAAAGGUGACACUAUACAGAAAGAGACUGAGAAAACGAAAUGGGAACCACUUAGUGUAUUGAGCAAACUUGAAGGGGAUAAUGACCAAAAGACAGACUUAAUGGAAGAGCUUGGUCUGGGUGAUGUUGAUGAUCUUGAAGCUCAAAAAGCAGAUGCAUCAGACUGGGACUCGGCCAGUACUGCCAGUAAGAGAACCCUGCCUGGCCGCAGAACUGCCUCCCCUGGACUUGAGGAGUUCCCAGAAUGCUCAAGUUCAUCCGUUAAGGGACAGGCUGAAAACACAACUCCCGCUGCACAGUUGACACCUGAGAGGAGCUUUGAAAAGAGACUGCCCAGUACUCCCUCUCAAUCUGUUCCCCAUCCUCAGCCCCGCGCAAGAAAAAUGGUACUUCAGAAACCAGAGAGCGAGGAAGAAUCGGAUUGGGAAUCGGACAAGAUGAGUUCAUCUUCUAGCAAAAUGACUAAAACUGACAAUCAGCUGCAGGAUACAGCUGAGCCUCUGCCGAUGGUUGGGCCAGGUUCCCCUGAGCUUUCGCCAGUGACACGAGACAGUGAAAAUUUCACAAAGUUUGAAGAGCAUCAGGAAAAGGAGAAAGAUCAUGCAUUAGAUAGAGAUCUAUAUAACUCUGGCCUUGUGAGCUCUGACAGAAGACCACAUGAUGAGUUCAGAGAUCGGUGCAGUCCUGAGGAAACAGUUGACAAGUGUGAUGGCGUCCCAUGGGAGAAACGUUACGAGAAGCUCUGGGUAGAGGUGGAGAAAAGGGAGGUGAAAUCCACCUUCAAGAAUGUUGCUGGUGAAUUGAAAGAGAGAUUUGGAGAGCUGUUUAAGUCAGGAUGUGCUGCAGAAAAUGUCACAGAAGAACAGGCCACAACUGGAGCCACCUCUGAAGAAGACAAAGAUUCAAGUGAUGAAGAAGAAGAAGGGGAAAUGAUUGUGCGCCCUACAGCCAGAGCAAGGAGCACUGUUCUUCUCACCAUACCUGAGCAGAGAGAGUCUGGACUGGAGGACUCCGCUACAGAGUCACCUGAUAACUCGCUCUGCGAAGGCACGAUGCAAGACUGCGAGCAGCCAGCUAGAAACAACAGCUUUCAUCAGAAGUCGAGUUUACUCACUAAUGAUGAUCUGAAAUCUUCUUCACCACCACUCACCAGUAUAACUCAUGCAACUGAAGCUUUGACUGAUGGUCAUACCAUGCAAAUGUGUGCUGUUGACCACGGUUCAUUGUUAAAAGAUGAGCCCAAACAACACAUGGAGCUAAUCUGUACAGAUACAUCAGCUGAUCUAAAUGCAGCUAAGAAGAACAAUUCAAGUUCAGAGGAAUAUCUUGUGGAGUCCGCCAUAUCUCGUCCUCCUUCACUAGGCAGAUGUUCAGCGUCUGUUCUGGGUGUUUCUGAUGAGGAGCUGGAAGAGGACAUGGAAAGGUUUAAAGUUGAGGUUGGCAAAGAGGUGACAAAGGUUGCAGUAGAGGUCCAAAAAUCAAGUGCUUCCUGGGAUACUGGUGGAUCGGCAUUGGAAGAAGGUACUGAGAAACCUGAUACUGAGUUAAGAUGCCUCUCAAGUCAAACUGAAGCAGUUCACCAGGAGCAGCAGCAGCCUGCAGCCACUGAGAGGGCUCCACUACAGUUGCAUCUUCCAGUCCAGCAGAUCCGCAAUAGCAUCAAACAAGAGAAGCAAGCUGUAGAGGCGACCUUACAGCUGGAGCUGGUCAGAGGGGCCCAACACAGCAGAGCCCCUCAGACCAACACACAUGUUAACGGAGACCCUCUCUCUGUGUUUGACGAUAGCAGUUUAAGUGAAGUGUCGGACGAUGAAGGAAGGGUGCCAACCAGUGGACAGCAUAAAAACAAGAACUCUGAAGAAGUGGAGAUGGCAGAAGAUUUUGAUGAACUCACUCAGUCAUCGGACACAGCCACAGAUGACAUUGACUCACCCACCUCGGGCUACCGUCACGCAUCCCUCCUCAUUCAGAAUCUGGACUCAGCCUCUUUAGAUUCAAGAAGCAUGGUGAAGCUACAAAAUAUUUUCCACGAAUACGAGCGCUCCAUCCAAAAGGCAAGGAGUCGGCACGGUUACCUGUCAGACAAAGUGAGCCAGCUGGAAAUGGAGAAGGUGGAGUUGAAGAGCUCCCUGGAGGAAGUCAAAGAUUUAAAGUCUGCUUUGGAGCGCAACCAGCUGGAAUUGCAGACUGAAGUCACAAAUAUCAAAUUUCAGCUGAAACAGGAACAGGAGAAUCGUCGCAAUGCCACAAUGAUGUACAACACCACCAGAGAUAAGCUGAAGAGGACGGAGGAGCAGCAUCAGCUGGAGGUUCAGGAGAGACAGAAGGUAGAGCUCACGCUCAGGAACCUGGAGCUGGAGAUGAGAAUACUGGUCAACAACAUCAAACAGCUUGAAGAGGACCACAGUGAGACUCAGAGACUGCUGGCUCAGGAGCGAAGUGCACGGACGCUACAGGAGAAUCUGCUCAACAGCCAUCUCCGUAAACAGCAAGAGAUAGAGGAGGAGAAUAAAAGAAACAUGAGCAAAAGCAAUGAGGCCUUAUCUCAGCUCACUGAAGCCAGUGACAGGGAGAGGGAGUUGGUCCAGCAGGUCUCUACCUUACAGGAGCAACUCAGCAUCCUGAGGACCGACCUUGAGCGUUCGCAUGCCAACAGCAGCCUCAAGGAGAGCCACCUCCUGGAGGAGAACGAGGCCCUUAAGGAGCAGCUCGAAGAUGCCCGGCGAGAUCUGAAACUCAACAGUGAAGCCCUCACCCAAACCGUCUUCAGCAGCAACAACCAGCUGUCUGCCCUAAAGUCAGAGUUGGCAGUGACAACAACCCGCCUGGAAAAUGAGCGGCAGAGUCGUGAAACGCUGGAGGUAGAGGUUGAGUCGACUCGCACCAGGCUGGCUGGAGCUGUGAAGGAGGCUGAGCUCUGCUUGGCAGCUCACACAGACACUGAGAAAGCUCUGCUCCGCGAGAAAGAGGAACACCAGCGUCUUAAAGACAGACUCACUGGUGAAUCAUCCAGUCAGCGUGAGGCGGUCAGCAGCCUGUCCCAGAAGCUUUCCAAAGCCGAGUCCCGCGCCAAUAGCAUGGAGAACGAGGUUCAUCGGGUCACUAUGCAGCUGACCGAGAAGGGCCUACUGCUGGAGGUCCUACAGCGCGAGAAGGACCAGGCAACUGCUCGUGUCAAGGAGCUGGAGGCAGCUCUGCAGUCUGAAAGGGAUCUGGUCAGCCGUGCCGGAGCACGCCAAGAGGCCACACAGGAGCGACUAGCACAGGCUCAGAGUGAAGGCAUGUUACUACGGCAACAGCUAGAAGAAGCCCAGAACAAAGGCGUCGCAAAGGAACGUGCCGUGACAGAUGCCCAAGAGCGCUUCAGUGACAUCCUGUCCAAGCUGCGCUCUGACUGCGAAGAGAGGGUACAGCUAGUGGAGGACAGAAAUAAAGAGCUGGCCAGUAGGACCGCUGAUCUCCGUGAUCAAAUCUACAAGUUAGAGGAAGAGAAGAACGAGCGAGAGACUAGUGUAAGGCAGCUGCAGCAGGAGCUAGCAGACUCACUCAAGAAGCUGUCAAUGAGCGAAGCUUCUCUGGAGGUCAACACACGCUAUCGCAAUGACCUGGAAGAAGAGAAGGCUCGGCUCUUCAAGGACUUGGACAGGCUCAAAGGGAAGCUUGAAGAAAGUGAAGAUCAGUAUGUGCAGGCGGAGAGGCGUAUUAACGGUCUGAAAAGCAGCCUGGAUGACAGGGAAAAGGAACUCACCACUAUUUCUCAGAAACUCCAGGAGGCGCAGUCUGCCUCAGCAGCGUCUCAUACCACCAUCAAACAGCUGGAAGAAGCUGUGCAGAGGCUGGAGAUUGACAACGCCCGAUUAGAAGCUGCAGCGAAGCAACAAUCCAACAAAAUUGAUGCUCUUCAGAAAGGUGCUCAGGAAGCUGCCAUGCUAUCUGACUGCUCACCUGGAGGAGGGGUGCGGGGUCGUUUGGAGGACUUGGUUACAAACCUCCAAAGCAGUAAGAUGACUUUGGAAGACCAACUCAGUAGAGAGGUCCAGAAGCAAAGCAUGCUGUCUCACACGGCCCAGGACUCCCAGGCCUUGUGGGAGGAGGAGCUGAAGAGCCGCUCUAAGUUAGGACUGCGUCUGGCGGAGCUCGAGAAGGAGAAAGGAGAACUGAACACCCAGAUGGAAAUAGAAAAGAAGAAAGCCAAGAAAAUAGCAGAGCAGAAGAAGGCUGUGGACACUCGUCUGGAUCAAGAGAUGAAGAGAAACACAGAGCUGCAAAAAGAAAUGUACAGGCUCCGCACUUUAUUGAAGACUGCGAAAAAGAAACUGCGGGAUCAAGAUGCUGGCGGAGCAGAGUUCGUCUCUCCUAUGAGCAGCCUACGGAUGGAGCACGGCAGACACACCCAGGCAGACGGGGCGUUUGGACGAAUUAAAGACCAGGUGGAUGAUCUGCAGGUGCAGCUGGAGAAGGAAUCGUCCCGUCGCAGCCAGCUGGAGAAGGUGAACGGGGAGCUUAAGGAUCAGGUGGCCUCUCUGAAGAGCUUGAGCCGCACUCACGAUCAGCUGGAGAAAACUAAGAGGCAGUUGGAGGAGGAGGUGUUGGACCUGAGACGGCGAAUGGAGGCCGUUCAGGUGGAGCAGAGCCAGGUGGAGCAGGUCCGCCGUGACGCAGAAGACAGAGCCCGGCAGGAGAUUCAGCAGAAACUGGAGCAGGUCAACCUCUUCCUUCAGUCCCAGGCAGCGUCCCAAGAAGCACUGGACCAGAUUAAAGCCGCCAAUGAAUCUAACCUGCGCUCUCAACUGGAGCAGAAGAUCCGGGAGCUGGAGGGGGAACUGGGCCGGACCCGUUCCACCCAGCAGGACAGCCUUAACCAAAGAGACUCCACUCGCACAGAGCUGGAGAGAUACCGCCAACUCUACACAGAGGAGCUACGUCUGCGCAAAUCCCUAGCUGCUAAACUAGACAGAGCCAACAGCCGCCUUGCAGAAGCCAACUCCAAGUUGCUCCAUGAGCGCAGCAGGUCCCUGAUCACCAGCAACAUCACAAACGGGAGUCUUGGAGGGCCCUCGCUGGACUUGGGCUCUUUGGGUUCACCAGCAAACUAUGGGGCCACGUUGGGACCCCUCAACAGGAGUCUGGGCCUGGGAAUCUCCCUCCUCAGCCCUGUGACCGAGGGACGCAACAGCAGGGUGGAGGACUACCUGGCCAAGAUGCAGAGUGAGUUGGAUAGAAAUAUAUCAAAAGAGCUAAGCAACGCCACAGCAGAGCUGGAUGCUGCCUCGGCCCGUAUGUCCCCUGUGGGCUCUGCCUCCAGAGUGGAGCUGGACCCCGUUAGCAGGGCAACGCAGCAGUACCUGGAGGUGCUGAAGAAAAACAACAUGAUCUGAACACGUAAUACAGCUCUAACUUUGUAUUUUAGCGAGUGAAACCUUUAAAUACUGACUGAACCAACUCUAAGGCCAACACCAAGAAUCUUUGUACGUAUUUAUCUUCUUUUAUGAAAGAAAGCUUAAUAAUGCACAUUGCACUUAACCACUCAGGAGCAAAGGGCAUGAGUCAUAGAUAUAGAUAUAUAUAUAUAUAUAUAUGUAUACACGCAAAUAUAUUAUAUACUGCAUUAAUGAUGGGUCAGUUAGAGACAACCUCGAAAGUAUUUGUUCCUUCUCACGAAUUCUGUUCCUCCUGUAUCUUUGUUGUGGUUUGGAUUUUUAUUUGUGAAUAUUGGUGUUGCUAAGUUUGUGUUAUUUGUCUAAGUAUUCGUAUGCAUCAUUAAUGCUUUUGCCAAGAUGUUACAUUUGGUACGUGCCAUGAAAUGGUGCAAUAUCUUGUCUUGGUCUUACUUUUAGUAUUGUGUGUCUUAUUAUUUUAUUUAUUCUUUUUUUUUAAUGAACAUGAUAUACUUGAAUAAGACGAGCUGGAACGCUCUCCAGCUAUAGGAACAGAGUGACUAUGUUUGUCAUUUAAGUUUUGGUUGUCUUCUUAUUCAUAAUACUGUAACAGAAUUAUCUGGUCAUAUUCAGUCUAACCAUAGUGACACAAUGUUUUGUAAUUGGAGGUACUGUGUCAUUGUUUAAUUUAAAAUCUUUCAUGUUUGCUAUUAAACGUUUUAAUCGCAUUUCAAAUUA